AGAUAUCUUGAAAAAAAAAAAAAAAAACUCGGGAAGAGUAGGAAGAGAGAAUGUCAUAGCAUCGGAGAGUGCGCGCGAAAGGCGGAGAGCGAAGCGGUGAAGUCUCGUCUCAGUUUUGUCAUUUUGGGUGUUCAACUUCUGAAACUAGCAGUCAAGAUGAGUUCAUAUCCACAUCAAAACCACAUGAUAUCUGAAGCAAACACGGGUCAGGGCUCGGCGGGCAUGAUUGCAACUCAUGUCCCUUGGUUUUAUCCCGGAAGGUUUAUCCCCAUUCCGAGAACUACAGGCAUCGAUCUUUCACAACUAACUCGAGUAAAUCAUGUGGAAGGCGGCAUGGUUCCUCCAGCUCAUAUUUUUCCUCCUGUUGGGGAUACCAGAAAUGAUACCGAGACCACGAAGCCCAUGAAAGGAAAGUCUACAAGACAAAAGUCCCCAUCCAAAACACCAAAGCCAAACCCACCAAGGAAAAACCCUUCUGCACCCAAGAAGCCGAAGAAAACACCGAGUGUUCCAGAAGUGAAACGAGAGAAGAAAAACCCUAACAUCAACAUCGAUAUCUCAAGCUUUGAUUUUUCUGGGGUCCCAUCCCCAGUUUGUUCUUGCACAGGCGUUCCAAGGGUUUGCUACAAAUGGGGUUUGGGUGGGUGGCAGUCCUCUUGCUGUACCAUAAGUGUAUCAAAGUAUCCUCUUCCCAUGAGCACCACAAGGCCUAGGGCUCGUCUGGCCGGGAGGAAAAUGAGCAAUGGAGCUUAUGUGAAGCUCUUGCUGAGGCUUGCAGGAGAAGGGUACGACCUUUCUCACCCUGUCGACCUCAAGAACCAUUGGGCCAGGCACGGUACUAACAAGUUCGUCACCAUCAAGUAAUAAGUAAUGCCUAAUAUCAUGCUUUACUGUUUACUUACCUGUUAGAGUUUUAACCUAAGUUCAUCAUUUCGGCUAGGAUUUUGCCUUACGGUUUUCAUGUGCCCCCUUGUCCAAGGAUGUCUCUGUAUAUAAACUUUCUAGUACCUUGAAAUCGUAAUGAUCGUGAUUGAUUCGGUGUAAAUUCAACGCCAUAGCCGGAUCAAGUGUUUUGA